AUGAUAAGAUCUACUUUGAGCAGCUGGAGGGAGUAUCUGACUCCCGUGAGUCACAAGUCGACGUUCCUAUCGACUGGGGAGAUAACACCGGAUGAGUUCGUGGAAGCUGGCGACUACAUGAGCAACAUGUUUCCUACAUGGUCGUGGAACGAGGUUACAAGUGAUAUCAGCUACAGGGACUUUUUGCCUAGAAACAAGCAGUUUUUAAUGACGAGGAAAGUGCCCAGCAACGUCAGGGCUCAGCAAUUUGUAAAUGUUGAUGAGACUGAGACGGAGGUGUUCCUUGGUGAGGCAGGGGAUGGGAAUGGCGAUGAAGAGCAGGAAGGAUGGAUUAAGGAAGGUGUCGACAGCGUCACAAAGCCUGCUGGACAGGAUGAGGAACGGCAGGGACCAGCUGAGACGGACGACAUCGAUGAAAUGAUGAAGGACAUGGAAAUAGAGGGCAUUGAAGAUAUCGUAGACCUGCCUGUGAAUCGCAGCGCAAGGUUCUAUGAUCUGUACAUCACUUACUCCACGUCAUAUCGUGUCCCAAAGAUGUACAUCGUAGGGUUCGACAGUGAUGGGACGCCGCUGACCGCAGAGGAGAUGUUUGAAGACAUAGCGCCUGAUUAUAGAACCAAGACUGCAACGAUAGAGAAGCUUCCCUUUUACAAGACACCGGUGCUAUCUGUGUCAAUCCAUCCCUGCAGACAUGCCAAUGUUAUGAAGAUUCUGCUGGAUAAGGUACGUAACGUCAAGCGAAUGAGGCGUGAAGAGCAGCAGCAGCAACACAAGGAAGAAACUGGUGCUGAUGAUUGGGAAGAUCUACAAGCGGACGUUGAUGAUUCGCUGCGUGUGGAUCAGUACUUGGUGAUAUUUCUCAAGUUCAUUACCAGCGUAACGCCAAGUAUAGAACACGAUUAUACGAUGGAAGGCUGGUAA